UGCUUUUCAGGGCGAGCGGACGUGUUUUUUUGCGAAAAAUCGGGGAAAUAUAACAAAACCAAAAUCAAAAAAAAAAAAAAAGUCGGCAAAAUCGGAGUUGUAUGUGUACGAAAAGCAAAUUAAAUUAAAAAAAAAAAAUAAAACUUAAAAGCGUAUUCCGAGAACGCAAAUUUUAACACAUUUGCUUCGAAAAUAACACAGACACACACUCGAAAAUAAGGCCAAACGAAAUAUAUUUUGAAAACUAAAUAAAAAAAUAUAUACAAAAUAAAAACGUACCGCUUUCCAUUUCCCCCCGCUCUGUCACUCUCUGUCUCUGCCUCUCUCUCUCUCUUCACGCUUUGCAUGUUCUGAGACCCCAAAAGCAACACCACCAAAGAUCUGGCCAAAAUCAAUAAUUUGGUUGUGUGAAUUUCGCGGCUUUUUUUUUUGCGUUUUCGUUCAAAAACCAAAUCAAUACCCGAAGAAUGGGCACAGAAACCAAGAGCAACAGUUACACAGGACAAAUUUCAACAAGUGGCGGCAACCCCAAAGUGAUGAAAGAUUCUUUAUCCUUAGUUCAACGGCAACAACAACAAUCGCAUUUCAAUGAUAUCAGUUUGAAUUCAUCGACCACCAAUACAACAAAUUCAAUUCAAACCGAAAGCGAACGUCAAGCCGCCGACGCCGCCGCCGAACCACCUCAUUAUCAUCAUCAUCAUCAUCAUCAUCAUCCAGAAGAGGAUAAGAAUUCAUGUGAUAAACGACCAAAGCAUCAUCAAUUGGAUGCCAAGGAGGCAAUUGUACCAUUUGUUCCCAUAUUCGUUGAAGAAUCUGAUGUUAUACAAGGUGCAACGGAUAUACUGAAAGUAAUUCGACCGAAUUGGGAUCUCACCCAUGUUGAAUUUAAGAAAUUUACCGAUGGCAUUACUAAUAAACUUGUCGGUUGUUUCCAUCAACCCAGUUUAAAACUGAACGAUGAGAAUGGCGAUGCAACAUAUACAGGAAUCAAUAAUGCCCAUAAUUGCUUACCAUGCGUACAAUCUGAGAAUGACGAUGAGAAUGAUAAUGAAAAUGAUUCCCCCCCAUUGGGGGGACAAAGAGAUGGCUCACCUGUACAAUACUCCGAUAACGUAGUACUUGUUCGGGUAUAUGGUAAUAAGACAGACCUACUAAUCGAUCGGAAAGCUGAAACGCAAAAUUUUCUCUUACUGCAUACAUAUGGGCUAGCGCCAUCGUUAUAUGCAACUUUUAAAAAUGGCCUCGUUUAUGAAUACGUACCUGGGAACACGUUAAAUACGGAAAGUGUGCUAUGUCCAGAUAUUUGGCCACUGGUUGCUCGUCGAAUGGCUGAAAUGCAUCGUGUGGUUAAAAAGAAGGGAGACGCUAAACCCAUGCCAAUGAUAUGGAGGAAGACGCAAAGCUUUCUUGAUUUAGUACCUGAACGUUUUAGUGAUGCUGAGAAACACAAAAGAGUGAAAGAAACAUUUUUACCUAUAAGUCGCUUGCGUGAGGAGUUUAACAAUCUGUACAAAUAUCUGGAGGCUUUACAAAGUCCAAUUGUAUUCUCUCACAAUGACCUGCUAUUGGGCAAUGUGAUCUAUACGAAGAGCAUGAAUGCUGUCAACUUUAUUGACUACGAGUAUGCGGAUUAUAAUUUUCAGGCCUUUGAUAUUGGUAAUCAUUUUGCGGAAAUGUGCGGAGUGGAUGAAGUUGAUUAUACCCGAUAUCCGAAGCGUGAAUUUCAAUUGAAAUGGCUACGCGUUUACCUGGAAAGCUAUCUCCAGCGCACCAAUAUACUGAGCGAUGAAGUCGAGCAGCUCUAUGUGCAGGUGAAUCAAUUCGCCCUUGCAGCACAUAUCUUUUGGACAGUGUGGUCUCUACUACAAGCUGAGCAUUCCACUAUUGAUUUUGAUUAUGUAGGAUAUGCAUUUCUUCGUUAUAAUGAAUACUUGGCUCGCAAGGAUGAGUUUUUAUCAUUGACUGCAUCAAAGACCAAUGAAUAAUUUCCAUUUUCAUCCUGCUCUUCCUUUCUCUCCCUCUCUAUAUCUAUCUGAACUAUCAAUUACUAUGUCUCUGCCCCUCCUUGGCUCUCGUUUGUGAGAGAAAUUGGUUAUGUGUGUGGCCAGUGGCCCCAGUGGUAUAUAUAAUAUAUACAUAUGUAUGUAUCUGUAAACUAAGGCUCAAGCGGACGUUUCUGUUAUGCGCAUAUGUAAAUAUACUUAUAACGUGUGUUCACAAAUUCAGCAAAACAAACAACUAAACAAAACAAAACAAAAAGAAAUCUUUAAAUUUAGUGUCUCGUAAUCCGUACCAGCCUUAGUAUAUGUAUAUACAUAUAAAUAAUGAAUUUGUAUAUGUUCUCUAAUUUGUAAAUUGAUAUUUUGUAGUCAUAAAUAAAAACGAGAUAUGUACUUUAAACAUAAAA